AUGCAGCCUGUACCACGAUCAGAUUCAAUUGGUGCAAACCGGAAGCAAAGAAGAGCUGCUAUCGCGCAGAGCAAGAUCAAAUGCUCUGGCGAUGAGCCAUGUGCCAAUUGCCGAAGACGAUCUCUGACUUGCCAGUUUUCAGAGGGAAAUAACAAGAUUUUGGUUUCCGAAAGUACUUGGCUAAGCGCGGCUGGGACCUAUGGCAGAUAUCUUCGAGACUUGCAAAAACAGGCAUAUAACUGGCAGCGAGCGACCGGUGUUAAGCGUCCCCGAGAGGAUUGCUUUCGCUUUGAUGAUGACCUCGACGUGGGGCAUAUUGUGAAUGAUUUCGGAGCCACGGCAGAGCUUCUGGGCUCGGGGUCUGGAGGAUCUCCUAGUUCGCCUGCAGCUGAUUUAUCGUGCACUAUCUGGGCCAGUCCGUUCACCCUUCCAACGACCGUCAUCAAAGACACACAUCAAGAGCAAAGAAACUGGAUUUGGCUGGCUCCAUCCUCGGCAUGGUCCCUCACAGCUCGACUUAUUGUCAUGAUGACAGAAAAACUGGAGGUCGAUUCUACUCAAGAUACGCCUCGCUUUUACCUGGAUGGGGACAUCUAUCCAUUCGCAUGGAACCGCGUCACAAGUUCUGACCCUAUCGACACCAGCGGCUUGCCUUCCCUGGAUUACACCCUUCAUUUGUUCCAAAUCGUUCAAUUCCACCUCGGCCAGGCGUACAGAUUCUUCGAUCAUGAUUCAUUCAUUGCUCGUAUUCGUCAAUUCUACAACAGCCCUUCGGACGGAAAGGCUGCCGAACCUCGCUUCUGGUUCGUCCAGUUUCUCAUGGUUCUAGCCCUUGGUAAUGCUUUUCUUUCAAGGCCGCGCAAUCAGAAAGACCCUCCUGGCGCAAAAUUCUUCGUCCGCGCUAUGUCAGCUAUGCCGAACUACACGAGUACCGGCAAGGAUAGUCUUCUAGCGAUCGAGGCACUAGCAUUAGUAGGACUGUACUUGUAUGCUAUCGACCAUAGAGAAGCAGCUCAUGUUCACGUUGGUCAUGCGAUACGAAUUGCGCAGCUGGAAGGGAUGCAUACUCAACUUCCCGAAGAAGUUCUUGGUGCUGCUACAGUUGCCCGCUGUCGCAAUCUGUGGUGGUCUUUGUACACCAUGGAUCGUCACUUUUCGCCAUCACUGGGACUUCCAAUGACAACAAAAGACAGUGAAAUUACGACUUUGAUCAGCUCACCAAGUUCCAGUCCACAAGACCUUGCAUUCAGUCUUCAAGUGAGGAUCACGCGAAUGCAUUCUUUCAUCAUUAGUACUAUCUACAAAACUGAGAAGACUCCGCUUGGUACAUUUCUCGAAAUAACUCGCAAUAUUCUAGAGACUAUGGCUAGGUACGCAGAGGAGAUCGAGAAGAUGAUUCAUGUCAGCUUUCAGGGUUCCAUUGACAAUGUAAGCAAAGCCCCUUCUUUUACUUCAAUGGAUCAUUUGAUUGACUUUGUCCAGUGUGUCAUAGUUGCCACCAGGCCACUACUACUGUCCGUCCUCAAGGAGCGGCUGGAAAAGCUUGGUCGGGCAGAAGAGGACUGGCAAAAGUUCCUGGCUCUCCCCAUAUCUCUGAUAUCCAUUGGCAUCAAAUCUGCCGAAAAAACUCUUCGGAUAAUUGGCGAUGAGAAUGGCCUUCUUGAAACAUUCCUGCCCUUUGAUCUUGAAUUGACCUAUGCAGCUGCUCUGCAUUUAACGAUGGCCAAUGCACUCUUUCCUCCCAAUACGAAUACGGACAGCAGGUCUUAUAGUCAGGUUGCACAUUCAAUCCUGGACGAAAUGGUUCUGUCCGGGAAUCGGGUUGCCGAAGCACGAAAGCGAGAGUUGAUUAGUAUCGAGGGUUUAUUCAAAGAGCUCGCCAGGCGAGUCGAGCAGGAAGGUCUUCGAAUCUUGACAUUAGCCGAUCAAGGACUCACAGAUCUUGCACCCUUGAAUAUUCCAAACGAGUCUCGAUCAGAUGCCACUAUUACAGAGCCAGUGACGGCUUUCCAGUCUUUGGGACGAGACGACCGGCCGUCCUCGGCAGGUUCACUUGCGCCUGCCAACAUUGAGUUCCUUGAUAGUAUUGGAAUCUCGUCCAAUGAGUUCCUUUCUAUUGUCGAUCAAAUCAACAAUCCAGGGAUGCCGUAUGGCGCCUUGGAGGUCCGGCCAGAUUGGCUGUUGGGCGAAGACCCGCCUUCAUAUUCGUUUGACUGA